UGGACCCUGAUCUCCGUUCUUGUACAUGAGCCUUUCAUUCCGGAAUGCAACAUAAAGUCUGUCGCAAAGCUUAGGUAAGCAGCAUAUUAUUGACCGAUCGACUUAAAUUGCCGCUGAUUACGUCAGGCGGGGGAAGGCCGUCUCACGAUGUGCAUACUUCCGGACCAUCUUGCCCGAUAAGCUCUGCGUAGGAGAAAGGGCCUUGAAACAGCCUGCGGAAUGGCGGUUUCUCCUUUCUGCACACACUGCAGGAGAGCCAGAUUCACAAGAACACCCACCCGGAGAAAGAAAUAACGACAAUGGACGAUACGCUUACGUUGAUUGCCCAGUACCUGUUCCAGCACAACCAUUCGGGCAUAGCUCAGCAGGUGCUGGAGUUGCCCGAGUUCAACGAGAGCCACAGACACUAUUUGCAAGUCAAGCACGAGGUGACGAAGCUGAUAACGACGUCGGACUUGUCUUCGCCGUUGAUUUCCCAGGUCGAGGAGCAGCUCAGAAGCUUGAGCCGGGACUACGACUCGGAGGAGCUGGAGUUCAAAAUCGAGAUCGCCAUUUUGACUAUCGCCUUCUUGGAGGAGUUGUACCUUUUGAAGAACACGAACAAAGCGUUGUCGAUCUUGAGGUCGUUGCCGGAGAAGACAGACCUGUCGAUCAGACAAAAUCUCUCGUCACUCCUGCUACAAAACGACAUCCCCAACGUGUUUUUGUCCUCGAUCCACUGGAAAAACGUGGAGUCCAUAGCCGAGUCGAGACAGAUCUUGGUGGAGAACUUGUUCAGGUUGUUGCCGUCCCCGGUGUACUUGUUUCCAAACGGCAUCGAGUCCAUCAUGAAAGAUGCCCAGAACUAUCAACAAUUGUCCAUACCAUCAUUCAACUCCUCUGCCACCACGUCCCCCUCCUCACUUUCGCUAAAUGACAGCCUGCUUUGCAACGAUAACUUGCCCAGAAAGUUGAAGCAGACUUUGAAUUUCCACUCAAACGAAGUGUGGUUUAUCAAGUACUCACCAGACGGGAAAUAUCUUGCCACCGGCUCAAAGGAUACCAAGAUCAUUGUGUACGAUGCCACCAAAAACUAUAAACUCCACGGCGUAUUCCAGCUUCAUACAGAAGCAAUUACAUACAUAUCAUGGAACUCAUCCUCGACUGAGAUCCUCUCGUUGUCGUUCGACCAAACCUUGAGAGUAUGGUCCAUAGACACAGGGAAAUGCAUCAAAGAGCUCGAUAACAAGAAAUCAUUGGUAACACAGGCAAGACUCUCUGCGGCUAAAUUUUUGCCCGAUUACGAAACAUCCAACAGGAUCUUGAUAGCCUCCAAUGACGGCAAACUUUUUAUCAUAGCACUAAGCGAGACUGGAUCGACUCCCGAAUUGAUCUCCAAAUACAGCAAAUCCAUAAUAUCUCCACAGAUACAAGACUUCACGAUCCAGAACGACUUCAUAUGGGCAAUCACCAUGACCAACGAGUUGCUCGUCUUUUCGAUACCCGACUUAAAGCUCAUUUAUAAAAUGCAGUUCAACCAGAUUCCGGUGGCAAUCUCUUCGGUAUCUUCCUCGUUCCCGGGCAUAAUCCCCAACAAUCCCGCCAAGAAUGAACCCGAGAAUACAUUUGUGUUGGUGAACUUGAAGCCAAGCUCGUUGGUCCUCAUCAAUACUUCUGGGAUUGUUGCAUCUUCAUCGGCAGCGUCUUCCUCCUCACUCAAAUCUACAGACAAGAUUGGGGGCGACAAGCUUCCUUACCUCGAGUCUUUUUUCCACCUACCAUCUACAAGCUCCAGUAACUUCAUAAUUCGUGGAUGUGCAGGUGGCAACUACAAUCCUAAUAGGAAAGACACAAACGCAAAUACAGGCAUAGUAAUCAGUGGCGGUAGAUCCGGCGAGAUCUGGCUCUGGGGUUACGAGGGAAAUAUAGUUGGUUGUUUGAACGGGCACGAGGGUCUAGUCAACUGCGUCACUUGGAGGGGUGACGGCUAUGCUUCUAGUGGUGGCAGCGUUGAAUGGGCUAGUGGUUCAGACGACGGGAAAGUUUGUAUUUGGGGUCUUUAAUUGUAUGUAACUACAAGCUCGAGGCUGUGCACAGC